UGACUCAAAGCUUGGCCGAACAGGGGUGGGAUCGCCGCUGUGGCAGCUGUUUGCAGCGCGACUAUCGUUGGUAUUGCUGUGGGCAUGGCAUUCUGGUUUAGGCGCGAGCGCAAGCGCGUUGGAUGGCGAGGCAGGAGGGAUGCAGAGAAUCCACCGUCGGGCAGCUACCGCGGACCUGCCCAUGAUGCGAAGGUCUCUGUGUACACUCGUGGUGGUGAGCGGGGGUUCUCUCGUCGUUCUCUCAUCAACCAAAAGUCACUACCGAACACCCCCACCAUCGCAUCCUGGGGCAUGAACGACAACGACCCCGCGACCCUCAAUAUAAGAAACCCGCCUUACACAAGGGCUGCACUCGAUCUCGCAAGCCCCGUAACACCCGAAUCGGAGGCCACUCCGACUUCUUUCACUUCCAUGGGCCGCGGACGGCCGCCGUCCAUCCCCAUCCCGAUGUAUACACCGAAUACCGCGGUGAAUCCUCUAGAUGAGACACCGCGAGACAACAUAUCUAUCACGGAGCACAGCCGGGGAACGCUUUCCCUGACGUCGGACGAAAUCGAAAACAUCCUGGACAUGGCAACCAUCUACUCCGCGCCUGCGACACCAGGUACACUGCGGUCGAGCAUCCUGCAGGGUGUCUUACCCAGCCCAAUGCCGUCAUUCAUGGUUUCACAAGAUUCUGACCGCGUUGGAGGCGUAGCGCGCGAGAUUCCACCGCCAAGGCCCAGCGCGCUCCCUGCGCUGUCUAUCCCGAGCGCGAGCACGCCGGGGCUGCUCACCCCUAUGACUGCAAGCACACGCCGCGAGCCACCGCAUGCGCAGUUACCGUCGUCUCCGACGCCCUCGACACCUGGAUUCCGUCGCUCGAUAGAUGCUGCCAGCACACGCCCUUCCAGCAUAGGGAAUUGGGACUUUAUUACCCCAAAUUCAUAGUAUGUUUCCAUGUGUUUCCAUCAUCAUGCGUAACGCCGCGAUAAUGAACACUCUGUGUGACGCCGCUUAAUGGCUCUCCUGCGUACACUCACUACCCACGCGCUUCCGUGAAAUGCGUCUAAAAUUCAUCUUGGUUUGAACGACGACUCGCCUGUUGUACUAUAGCACCCUCACCUUGUACGAGUAGGACUACAGCUACUGCCCAUGUACCGAUUCUGCGGCCAGAAAGUACAUAAUGAGACCACAAGCUCUCAGAUUUCCUUACCCGGACUCGAGGGUAUGACAGCGACGUUCAAAGCAAGCAUAGAAUGCAUACGACAACACCAAUAGCCCUCGAACGUGUCGAUGAACAGGCAGCUGAUCCGGGCUGGGCCCGCUUUGCAUCGGAGGCAAGCUGCACAAGUCCUCCCGAAGGGUAUAGGCUGAUCGGGCUUGCCUGCGUGUUGAGAACAGGCAGAUUAGAAACGCGCGCCCGUAACGGGCUCCGUAGGCCUCCUGAGUCACUGAAUAUCUCAAAGUCGAGAUUAUGUUUCAUCCCUGGGCAGUUUUGCAGCCUCUUCCCGAGCUUUUCUCCUACUUCCCAUCAGCAGCUCAACGUAGUCCGCCCCGCCAAGAACAUGGCCAUCAGAGUCUUCUCUGCGUUUAGCAGAGGCCUUGGCCUUGGCCUUCAGGCUAGCUUUCUUCUUCUCCUCAGCAGGGGCAGGCUGAGAGACGGCCGGUUUAGAGUCUCGCUGAGCAGUGCUGUUGGCCGGUUUUUUGGGCUGGUUUCACCGUACUGCAUAAGUGCACGUUCAGCUCUCGUA